AUGUCAACGUCUUUCAUACGUGAUCGACCAUAUUUAGCAAAGGAGCGUGCAUCUGAUAUAGCAAUGCCCAGACUUGUUAUAUGCCCAUUGUGUCACGGCUUUCUAUGGCGUCCAAUAGCUUGCACCACAUGUGAAACACCCUUUUGUAAAUCCUGUAUAAAGAACUGGAAAGCGGAAAAGACCGAGCCCAUACCUUGUCCAGAGAACUGUCUCGAAUUCAUCGAACGAAAAUGUCCAGCCGGCUACCUGUAUGCUUUAUCAGAAUUAAAAUUAACCUGUCUGAACAAAAAUAAUGGAUGCAACGAAACUUUACCAUACAAUAGUCUGGAAACUCACGAAGAAUCGUGCAGUUACAGACUGAAGACAUGUCCUGGGUGUCGAACAGAAAUCAUCAAGAUGAAAUUCGACGAACAUUGUGGCCAAUGUCCAUUGUUUUUACUAACGUGUUCUGAAUGUAACACUAGUUAUCAACGCCAGUAUGAAGGUGAACAUGAUGUCACAGUAUGCUUACGUAUUCAGUUACGUCAACUUCAAGAUAACCAUACAAAACAUCAGCAAGAAGCAAAUGAAAGAAUAACCUGCCUAGAAGACCAAAUACGUAGCCUUUGGCAACUUGUUGAAUCGUCGAAGAAUGUUCAAGUCGACACACAAUAG